UGACUUCCAUAGAGUUAAUAUUAUUGGUUACCAAGCAACAUUUCCAGUCAAGUUGUUGAUAUGAAUUACGAUUUCACUUAUUCACGUCUACGCCCUAAAUUUCUUAGGAAUACGACAGUUCUUCAAGUAAUUCUACUCGUAUCGAUUGCAUUCGUCACUGUUUUGCCCAGGUUACUGAAUUUAAGGCCUGUUAUCAUGACUGAACUUCAAACUCUUUUUAAACAACAUUGCGUCGUGCCCGAUGUCAUUAACUUUGCACCGUCCGAGCUGGUGACUGUCACUUACCCUAGUGGUUUCGUGGUUGAGACAGGUAAAGAGCUAACUCCUACUCAAGUAAAAGAUCAGCCUGUUGUAACUUGGGCGGCCAAAGGUGACAGCUAUUAUACGUUGGCUUUGGUAGACCCAGACGCACCGAGCCGUGAAAACCCAAAGUUUCGUGAAUGGCACCAUUGGCUUAUCGGAAAUAUCUUAGGAGGAGACAUAGCUAAGGGCGAAGUAUUAUCACAGUAUAUCGGCUCUGGUCCACCUCAAGGAACUGGACUGCAUCGUUACGUAUUUUUGGUGUACAAGCAAAGUGAAAAAUUGGAUUAUUCCAAAAUUCCAAAAUUGCCGAAUAAUUCUGGCGAAAAAAGAGGAAAGUUUUCUAUUUCCAAAUUCGCGCAUGAAUUUAAGCUUGGAACACCAGUAGCUGGAAACUUCUAUGUUGCCAAAUAUGAUAACUACGUACCAAAACUGUACGCAAAAUUGAAGGGAUAAAUUUAUUUAGAAAGAUAAAAGAAAAUGUCUCGAUCCAGUUUAAAGUACAAGUGUGUAAAGUGCUUUAUACGUAAGAAGCAUCCGUUUGUCUAUGGUAGCGAUCGAUAAUUUCCGCCUCCGCGUGACAUUUCCAUUUUUCGGUCUUGUCCGCCAUUACAUUUUGGAGUUAGCGUAAAUUGGUCGUUUCUCUGCGAGCACACAUCAGCGCGCGUUAUCAGUGACAGUUAAUUCGUGUACGUGCGUAGUAUCGCAGUGUUUCGUGGAACAAAGAGCAUAGACGUUCAAUC